AGAGAUGCAAAGAAGUGUCAAUGAGGAGCGUCAGCUCCAAAACUAACAAGUCUACUUUUCCUCAUCCAACGGAUGGUAACCCACUUGAGCCACCACUAUUCAUAUGGAUCGUUCGAUGUGUUACGGCAGAGGACAUUUGUUUAUAUACGCAUCGUCUCCCCAGGCGAGGCGUUUCUUACUUUCUUUGUUGUUAAAUUCAUAGUUGCAGGUUGUUUAGGCAUCUUCUUCUUCUCUCUGUUUCUCUCUGUUUCUGCCCUUUUCAUGUCUGGCUGUGAAGUUGCCAACAUUGUCAAGCGCCCACUUCAGCGAAUUCGAUCACUGUAAUGGAAUCAAUGCGGGUGCCGCCGUGGCUCGAAUCGCUGCUCUCCACGACCUUCUUCGCCGUAUGCCGGAUACACGGCGACGCAGCCCGGAGCGAAUGCAAUAUGUAUUGCCUUGAUUGCAGUGGCGAUGCAUUCUGCUUCUAUUGCUGUUCGUCCCGUCACAAGGAUCAUCGCGUAAUUCAAAUAAGGCGGUCAUCUUAUCAUGAUGUGGUGAGGGUGGCUGAAAUCCAAAAGUUUCUUGACAUUAAUGGAGUACAGACCUAUGUGAUAAACAGUGCCAGAGUUAUGUUUCUUAAUGAGAGGCCCCAGCCCAAGACCGGGAAAGGAGUGUCUCAUAUGUGCGAGAUAUGUGGGAGAAGCCUCUUGGACCCGUUUCGUUUCUGUUCUUUGGGAUGUAAGCUUGUAGGAAUAAAGAGGAAUGGGAAUGCGAGCUUUAGCUUAUUCGAAUACAGAAAUAAUGAAGAAAUGAUGGAAAGAGGAGGAGAAGGGAUGUCGAGAAGAAUGGGUGGGACUGGGAGUGAGGAAGAUCAUCAUCACGAGGAGUUGCGUGAACGGAGCCCACAAGACAUAUACCCUUCCACGCCGCCGCCUCCUCCGCAUGUUAAUAAUCCACGGAGAAGGAAGGGUAUCCCACAUAGAGCACCCUUUGGGUGUUAACUGUACUGUCCAGAAGGGAAGGCGUUUUCCUGAAUUUCGGCAUAGACCAAGGAGUACUACUAAUGGGGUCAUGGGUACUUGCUUAGGUAUCAGGUUCCGGCUCAUACGGGGUUCAUUAACAAUUCUUGGUCGCUCGCUCGCUCGCUCACAGAGAGCAGCAAUAAUAGAGCAGGGGUUAGUACUAGCUAUCUAGCUAGCUAUGGGGAAGGUUAGAAGGUGUAGAGGAUGAUGUAAUUAAUUAAUUGAAAGGAAAGUGAUAGUGGGAGUCUGUUAAAUUGUUGGUAUUAGGCCCACAAACCACAUGGGCCAAUUUAUAUUUUAAGAAUCAACAGCUCUUACUUUCUUUCUUUCUUUCUUCAGAAGAAAAAAAUAUACAUAGAGAGAGAAAGGGAGUAUAAUGAUCUCAGGCGUAUUUCUUCCAGGUCAUGUUAAUUGGCAAAUCAACUUUCUAGGAUCGCAACAGUUGAUCUUGGGAUUUACCCUAAAAUAAUGAUCUUGGGGACACUCCGUCAAUUAUGGCCUUCUUUUCUUUUUUUGUUUCACCUUUCUUCCAUGAAAUGAAAUAUUUGUGAUCCUUUUGGACGUGAA